AUGGCGCUGUCCACGGCGAACACGAACGCCGCCGAGUCCCAUCUGCACUGCUCCACCUUCGCGUCGCGCUACGUGCGCACCGCGCUCCCGAGGUUCAAGAUGCCGGAGCAGUCGAUCCCCAAGGAGGCUGCGUACCAGAUCAUCAACGACGAGCUGAUGCUGGACGGGAACCCGCGGCUGAACCUGGCGUCGUUCGUGACCACGUGGAUGGAGCCCGAGUGCGACAAGCUCAUCCAGUCCUCCAUCAACAAGAACUACGUCGACAUGGAUGAGUACCCCGUCACCACCGAGCUCCAGAACCGGUGCGUGAACAUGAUCGCGCACCUCUUCAACGCGCCGAUCGGCGACGACGAGACGGCGGUUGGGGUAGGGACCGUCGGCUCCUCGGAGGCCAUCAUGCUGGCCGGGCUGGCAUUCAAGAGGAAGUGGCAGAACAAGAUGAAGGCGGCGGGCAAGCCCUACGACAAGCCCAACAUCGUCACCGGCGCCAACGUCCAGGUGUGCUGGGAGAAGUUCGCGCGCUACUUUGAGGUGGAGCUCAAGGAGGUGAAGCUCAAGGAAGGGUACUACGUGAUGGACCCCGAGAAGGCCGCGGAGAUGGUGGACGAGAACACCAUCUGCGUCGCCGCUAUCCUCGGCUCCACGCUCAACGGCGAGUUCGAGGACGUCAAGAUGCUCAACGACCUGCUCACGGCCAAGAACGCCGAGACAGGGUGGGACACCCCGAUCCACGUGGACGCGGCGAGCGGCGGCUUCAUCGCGCCCUUCAUCUACCCGGAGCUGGAGUGGGACUUCCGGCUGCCGAUGGUGAAGAGCAUCAACGUCAGCGGCCACAAGUACGGCCUCGUCUACGCCGGCGUCGGCUGGGUGAUCUGGAGGAGCAAGGAGGACCUCCCCGACGAGCUCAUCUUCCACAUCAACUACCUCGGCGCCGACCAGCCCACCUUCACGCUCAACUUCUCCAAAGGUUCGAGCCAGAUUAUCGCGCAGUAUUACCAGCUCAUCCGCCUCGGAUUCGAGGGCUACAAGGACGUGAUGCAGAACUGCCGCGACAACGCGACGGUGCUCCGCGAGGGCAUCGAGAAGAUGGGCUACUUCGACGUGGUGUCCAAGGACUCGGGCGUGCCGCUGGUGGCCUUCUCGCUCAAGGACUCCUCCAAGUACACGGUGUUCGAGGUGGCCGAGAGCCUCCGCCGGUUCGGCUGGAUCGUGCCGGCCUACACCAUGCCCGCCGACGCCGAGCACAUGGCCGUGAUGCGCGUCGUCAUCCGCGAGGACUUCAGCCGCGGCCUCGCCGAGCGGCUCAUCGCGGACCUGGGCAAGACCAUGGCCGACAUGGACGCGCACGCCGGCAGGAAGGCGCCGGAGCAGCCCAAGAAGUCGGUGCACGACAUCGAGAAGGAGGUGACCACCUUCUGGCGGAGGCUGGUCGCCAAUAAUAAGAAGAAGAGCAGCAUGGUGUGCUGA